AUGGUCAAGUUUCGUCAAUUUUUAUUUUCGUUAAUAUUACUUCUUUUUCAAAUUGCAUUCACAUUUUUACUUGGCUUUCAUAGUGAGUAUAAAUAUUAUCCAGUUUCAAAUGUUACUAAUUUUGAAGAACCACCGCGUGGUCUUGUGGAGUUUUACUAUGCUAUGUUCACUGAUAUUCAUGUUAUGAUGUUUAUUGGUUUUGGAUUUUUAAUGACAUUUUUACGUCGAUAUUCAUUUUCAUCUAUUGGAUUUAAUUUUAUUUUAUGUGCUUUUACAUUGGAAUGGGCUAUAAUUAUACGUGGUUAUCUGUUUGAUUGGAGUUCUGAUAAUCAAAAAUUUAUAGUUGAUAUACAAAGUUUAGCAACAGCAGAUUUUGUAUCAGCUAGUAUACUUAUAUCAAUGGGUGCUGUUUUAGGAAAAGUAAAUGCUGUUCAAUUAAUUUUAAUGUCAUUUAUUGAAGUACCUAUACAAGUUGUUAAUGAAUGGAUCGGUACACAUUUAUUUUGUGCUUUUGACCCUGGUGAAUCCAUGUAUGUUCAUGCAUUUGGUAAUAAGACUAAAUUUAUUUUUAUCUUUGACAAAAAGAAAACAAAUAAUUUUUAUAUUCUAGGUGCAUAUUUUGGUUUAGCUGUUACAUUUGUUUUAUUUCAUUCGGAUGUUCUUGAUUCUUCACUAGAAAAAUCACGUUAUACAUCAGAUAUAUUUGCAAUGAUUGGUACAAUAUUUCUUUUUUGUUUUUGGCCAUCAUUUAAUGCUGGUACUACAAGUGGUAUUGAUCGUCUUUAUGCUGUUACGAAUACCUAUAUAUCCAUAUGUGCUUCAGUUAUUGGUGCUUUUCUUAUGUCAUCUUUUCUUAAAAAAAAUAAACUUGAUAUGGUUCAUAUACAAAAUUCUACAUUAGCUGGUGGAGUUGCAGUUGGAACAGUAUCAGGAUCAAAUAUUGGUCUUCAUGGUGCAAUGGUUAUCGGUACACUUGCUGGUAUGAUAUCAGUUUUAGGUUAUCAUUUUCUUUUACCUAAAUUACAACGUAUACGUAUUCAUGAUACAUGUGGUGUGAAUAAUUUACAUGGAAUGCCAGGAUUAAUAGCUGGUAUAACAGGAAUUAUUGUUGCUUCGAUUGGUGAUCGUUCAGGGUUUUUAAAUCAUUUAACAAAUGUAUGUCUUAGUGGUGGAAAAUCUCGAGAGAAUCAUACUCAAUCUGCAUAUCAAGCAGCUGCACUUGGACUUACAUUAGGUAUGGCUAUUGUUGGUGGACUUAUAACAGGUAUUAUAUUACGCAUACCAAUAUUUGCUCAAAAAGAUAAAUAUUUUGAUGAUGAAGAAAAUUGGCAUUUACCUGAAGACGAGAUUUAUGGUAAUGAAACUUCACAUACAGUAGUAAUUGCACGAACUGCUGUAUAA